UAAUGUAGCACAUUUCAAGAGACUGCACCAACCCUGUUCCUCUUCUUUCUGCUGCAUUUCUGCAGAAGAGCCACCAACAAUGGCACCAGAAAGGCUCCAAUGUCUUAAGAAAUAUAUCGUGCCGAUAUUGUGUGUACAUUUAGUUCUUUUCUCAAGUUUGUGUGGGAUUGCUACCUCACAAACCAUAGUCACCAGUUUACCUGGUUUUGAAGGGGACCUGCCCUUCACACUCGAAACUGGGUAUGUGGGUGUGGGUGACUCAAACACCUCUCAAUUGUUCUACUAUUUUGUUGAGUCGCAGAGAAGCCCUGCCGAAGACCCUCUUAUGCUUUGGUUCACUGGAGGCCCUGGCUGCUCUGUUCUCUCUGCCUUCUUUUAUGAAAGUGGUCCACUAUCUUUCACAUAUGUAGAUUACAAUGGAAGUCUACCCUCACUUCAUUUGAAUCCAUACGCAUGGACACAGGGCCUUAACAUAAUAUAUGUAGAUUCACCUGUUGGCACCGGAUUCUCUUACUCUACAACCCAAGAAGGUUACUAUAUCGAUGACGAAGAUGCCGUGGACCAGAGUGUUCAGUUUCUAAGAAAGUGGCUGAUGGCUCAUCCUCAAUUUUUGAACAAUAUACUCUACAUUGGUGGCGAUUCAUAUUCUGGAAUUCCUCUUCCUAUCAUAGUACAACAGCUUUAUGAUGGUAACAAUGCUGGAGUGGAGCCCUAUCUCAACCUUCGAGGGUAUAUACUUGGAAACCCGAAGACUGACGACUUCAUUGAUGUCAACUCUGUCAACCCCUUUGCACACAGGUUGACACUCAUAUCAGAUGAACUUUAUGAGUCUACCAAAGAGAGCUGCGGCGGUGACUACGUUAAUGUAGAUGAUAACAACACAGUAUGUGUGACAGAUCUUGCAGCUAUUGAUCAGCUGCUUCUUCAAAUUAAUAUUAUGCAUGUCUUGGAACCCAACUGUCAAGUGGCCUUACCAAACAACAGAGAAGAACCAGGAAGAAGAUCAAUCCGAGAACUACCAGAAAAUCUACUCACAGAAUCCACUCCUGCAUUAUGGUGCCGGUACUACAACUAUGUGAUCUUGGGUGUGUGGGCUAAUGACCACGCUGUCCGCAAAGCUCUUAACGUCAGCGAGAACUCCAUUGGUGUUUGGAAGAGGUGUAAUAUGAGCAUAGCUUACACAAAGACUGUCACAAGUAGCGUUGAGUAUCACAAGAAUCUCAGUGACACAAACCUUCGAGCUCUUAUAUACAGUGGUGACCAUGACAUGUCUGUUCCACACAUCGGCACCCAGGAGUGGAUCCGUUAUCUAAAUUUGACAAACAGUGAGAUUUGGCGGCCGUGGUAUGUAGAUGGUCAAGUAGCUGGAUACUCAGAAAAGUUCUCAAACAAUGACUACAGUCUGCAAUAUGCAACUGUAAAGGGUGCGGGUCAUGUGGCUCCCGAGUACAAAGCUAAGGAAUGUUAUGCGAUGAUUGAUCGGUGGCUCGCUUAUUACCCUCUGUGAUCCAUUUUUGCAGCUUGAAGGAUAAAUCUUAUUGUACCCAGGAAUUUUGUUGUCUUGUAUACUAAUAAGUACCAUAUUAUUAGGGGAACUGUGAGAAGAUUGCAUAAUUUGGACUUCAAUAUAGAGGGCAUAUUUUGGUGCAGUAAACAUGUCACACGUAGAAAUGGAGAUGCAUUGAAACCAAAUCUCACAGUCGAUCUGGACCGAUAUGAAACUAAGAAGCUUCGGUGAAUUAUCCGAUGAUAUUUUUAGGGGUGCAGCUAUUGCCACCCUAUUAAUUAUUUUCUUCAUAUUAUUUCUUGUUUAUUGAAAAAUUAUAAUGUCCUGAUAUAGAAUUAUAUCUAGUUAAC